AUGUCAGUCCCGCGUCGUAGCUACGACCCGCGGCGGGUCUGCCUUAUGCCGCUCCCUUCCCUACCGCCUUUUCUGCGGAACCACAAGCGGUCAGUGAUGAUCUACCUGUCCGGCGCGCUCUUCGCUAUCGGCUGGUGGCUUUUCAUCGACGCCUGCAUCCUCUCCAGUGCCACAUGGAAACGUGCGCUGCCCCCUGUACCCGGCGGACCGGACGAUGACCACACGCCACCGCCCGACGCGCCGUUCGUCUCCAUCAACUUUGCCGACUGGGUCCCAGGUCUGUGCGGCACUCUCGGCAUGAUCGUCGUUAACCUGAUCGACAAGUCGCACCUCACUGAAGACGGCUUCAGCUUCGGCAGCAUGUCAGGCGGAGCAAGCUGGAGCAGCGACAACGUUGCCUGGCGCGCCCGCCUGUAUCUCUUCCUCGGGUUUGCUCUUCUUGCUGGCGGCCUCGCAGGCAGUCUCACAGUGCUCGUAAUCAAGUACCUUGUCCCCGCUUACCCAGCCGGAUACGACUACUACGGACUUGCGAAUGUCGGGCAAAAUGCUGCCAUCAUGCUCAGUACCGUCUUCCUAUGGAGCGCGCAAAGCGCCCCGAACGAGUACGAGUAUAACCUCACCAUCUAG